AUGGCCGACGAUGGUUACAUGUCGACUUCGCAGUCGCAACUCGCAUCCUCCACCCCGUCCCUUUCUCCAUCGAAGUUCUGUUCCAAGACAUACAAGAAGGCUCGGGAGCUUUUUCUGACGCGACGGUUACCAGAGGCUUUCGCAGCUCUUCAGCCUGCCAUCAGUGUGCAGCGGACGAAUGACGAGCGGUAUGUCAAUGGCGAUGAUUCGACACCACCGAUUGCUUCGGCUCAGCAUACCUGGCGAAUCAAAAUAUGGAAUUUAUACAUCACCCUUCUGAGUUCCAUCAUUGACUUGGGCCCCGAGGAGGGGAAAAAGCAAUUCGGCCAGAAAGAAUGGAAAUCCAUCUCGUCUCAGGUGCGCGAUGGGCAGAUUUGGGAGACUGUGGCUCAGACUGGAUACCGAGGGAUGGAGGGGUUGGUCGAUGCGGAGGUCGUCUAUAAUCUAGGCACCCUAUUAUUGAGCCACUGCGCCUCCCAGGCCCUCAACCAGCAACGACUCGAAACCUAUCUGUCGUCAUAUGGCCAACCAAACCUAGAUAUCGCAGAGCACCUACAGAACUCGCCAUCUCAGCGUUCGCGUGCCAGACGGAACGACGGCACUAAUACUCCGAACGAUCUGGCCACGCGCGUCAGAAUCAUUGAGCUAUUUACGCUCCAUGUCCUUCCUCGGAACGAUGAAUGGGAUUAUGCCAGGGAGUUCGUCAAUAUGAGCGAAGUUCUUGAUGAGGAAAGAAAGGACAUGUUUCUGCAGACCUUGGAGGGGCUCAAGGAAGAAAAGGAACAAGGCGAAUUGCGCGCAGCGGCGCUGCAACGGGAAAAAGACGCCGAGCUGGAGAGACAAAUGCGGGAGGAAGAGCGUCGGCGAGCGGAAGAAGCUGCCGAGGCAGAGCGCUUGGAGCAAAAGGCUCACCGGCGCAGUAAUAGCGAGGUCGAUUAUGGCAUCGAGAAGAACCGUCCCAAUGGCGCCGCUAAAGGCAAAGGGGGGAAAUCUCCCGAAAAAUCUUCUGGUGGCAAGCCUAGUUCCUCCACAGGAAGGACUGCCUUCUCACCACCUGCUUCAUCAAAAAAUGUCAAAAAGACAGGCAAACCGGCCAGGUCAAAUCGAGCGUUGACCAAAGUCCUGCGUAACGUCGUGCAAUACUUCUCCAAGACGGUUGCCGGCAAUCCUUUGUCACUUGCUCGCACGCUACUGUUCAUACUCGGUCUGAUCAUGGCGCUGAGUAGGCAGAACGUCCGGGAGAGGCUUCGGAGAAUUACAGACUCGGGAUGGCAGAAGAUAAAGGGAACCGUUGGGAUGGGAGUGAAGGUGAGCUAUAUAUGA